CAGUUGUGCCAGUAUAUAAAAAAGUGAGCUGCAUCUCUACGAGUUCAGUCUUGGAGCACCAGCUGAGCAAUGCACGGAGUAGACUUGUAGCUGACUUACAUCAUCUUCACCAUGAAAACAGUCACAGUGCCCAUGCUUCUGACCCUGGCUCUUUGCCUCAUUCAAGAUGCUGCCAGUGAGGAUGAAAAUCAGGAAACAUGCAGUAAAUUUCGAAUCUUGAUGAAAAAUGGAAAGUUGCUCUGUCCCCAAGAUGAAAAACUUUUUCAAACCCCUGAUUGGAUAACAUUCAUCAACAAAUGUGUCAAGUGCAAAAUGAUAUUGGAAAAAGAAACAAUACCUCAGAGAAAGGCCAGGCAUUUAACAAGAACCACCAGGGCCACAGCUCCAGCAGAGCUGCAUUGCGAUGAUUUCAGGAAAGAAGAAAGAGAUGGAGGUUUUGUCUGUACUGAUGGUGAUACAGCUGUUUGUGGCACAGACGGGAAAACAUACAGCAACAGAUGUGAGCUGUGUGCUGAGAAUGAGAAAACCAGUUCCCAAGUUGGCAUAAAGAGUGAAGGACAAUGUGAGAGCAGUAAUCCAGUUCAGGAUGUAUGCAGUGCUUUCCGGGCCUAUGUGAAGGAUGGACGACUUGGAUGCACAAGGGAAAACGAUCCAGUUCUGGGUCCUGAUGGGAGGACACAUGGCAAUAAGUGUGCCAUGUGUGCAGAGCUCUUUUUAAAAGAAGCUGAAGAAAAUGCCAAGCGAGAAGGUGAAGCCAGAAUUCCACGAGAUGCAGAAAAGGAUCUUUGCAAGGAAUAUGAGAAGCAAGUGAGGAAUGGAAGACUUUUUUGCACACGAGAGAGUGACCCAAUCCGUGGCCCUGAUGGCAAGAUGCAUGGCAACAAAUGUGCCCUGUGUGCUGAAAUUUUCAUGCGACGUUUUACAGAAGAAAAAAACAAAGCAGAUAAAACACCGAGAAAAGCUGAAGAUAAGGUUAAAGUUAAAAAAGAAAUAGAGAAACUCUGCAGUGAAUUUCAAGAUCGUGCAAAAAAGGGGACACUUUUCUGCACCAGAGAAAAUGACCCUGUUCGUGGCCCAGAUGGGAAAAUGCAUGGCAACUUGUGUUCCAUGUGCCAAGCCUUCUUCAAAGCAGAAGCUAAAGAAAAGAAAAAGGUUGAAGCUCAACUAAGAAAUAAAAGAGAAGCUGGAAAAACACCCUCAUAUGACGAGCUUUGCAGUGAAUACCGGAACUUGAUGAGGAACGGAAAGCUCCUUUGCACCAGGGAGAAUGACCCCAUCCAGGGCCCAGAUGGGAAAAUGCAUGGCAACACCUGCUCCAUGUGCGAGGCUUUCUUCCAAGCAGAGGAAGAAAAGAAAAAGAAGGAAAGUGAAUCAAGAAAUAAAAGACAAUCUGAGAAUACAACCUCCUUUGAGGAGUUGUGUAAUGAAUACCGUAAGUCCUGGAAGAAUGGUCAGCUCCUUUGCACCAGAGAGAAUGACCCCAUCCAGGGCCCAGAUGGGAAAAUGCACGGCAACACCUGCUCCAUGUGUGAGGCUUUCUUUAAACAACAAGAAAGAGCAAGAGCAAAGGUUAAAAGAGAAACUGCAAAGGAAAUGUGCAGUGAAUUUCGGGACCAAGUGUGGGGUGGAAUGCUCAUAUGCACCAGGGAGAAUGAUCCUGUCCGUGGCCCAGAUGGCAAAAUGUAUGGAAACAUGUGUACCAUGUGUGCCAGUGUGUUCAAACUGGAAGAAGAAGAGAAGAAAAAUAGUAACAAAGAAGAAAAGGAAAAAGUCAACAUUGAUAAAGUUAAGAGAGCAGCUGUGCAGGAGCUGUGCAGUGAAUACCGCAACUAUAUGAGAAAUGGACGGCUGCCCUGCACCAGAGAGAAUGACCCUAUUGAGGGCCUGGAUGGGAAAAUCCACGGCAAUCCCUGCUCCAUGUGUGAGGCCUUCUUCCAGCAAGAAGCCAAAGAAAAAGAAGCCAAAGCCAGAGCAAAAGCUAAAAGAGAAGUCAGCAAGGAUGCAUGCAAUGAAUUUCGAAGCCUUUUGCAAAAUGGGAAACUUUUCUGCACACGAGAAAAUGAUCCUGUGCGUGGCCCGGAUGGCAAGACCCAUGGCAACAAGUGUGCCAUGUGUAAGGCAGUCUUCCAGAAAGAAGAUGAAGAAAGAAAGAAGAAAGAAGAGGACAGUCAGAGAAAUUCUGCAGGACAUGAUUCCAGUGGUGGUGGAGGCGGGAAAGAUGAGGAUCCUUGUGCUGAGUAUCGGGAAAACAUGAAAAAUGGAAAACUCAGUUGUACUCGAGAGAGUGAUCCUGUGCGUGAUGCUGAUGGCAAAUCAUACAACAAUAAGUGUACCAUGUGCAAAGAAAAACUGCAAAGGGAAGCAGAGGAAAAAAAUAAGGAUUCUAACUUCAGAUCAAAUGGGACCGGGUCAGGAUCAGGAAAGGAUGUAUGUGAUGAGUACAGAGGCCAAAUGAAAAAUGGACAACUUCUCUGCACGCGAGAAAGUGAUCCCGUGCGGGGUCCAGAUGGCAAGACACAUGGCAAUAAAUGUGCUAUGUGUAAGGAAAGGCUGGAAAGGGAAGCAGCUGAAAAAAAAAAGAAAGAGGAUGAUGACAAGAGAAAUGCAGGAGAAAAGAACAAUGACAAGCAUGAUGAGUGUCAUGAAUUCCGGAGCCAACAGAGAGACUUGGGAAAACUUGUCUGCACCAGAGAAAAUAACCCUGUUCGAGGCCCUGAUGGCAAGAUGCAUGUCAACAAGUGUGCUAUGUGUCAGAGCAUAUUUGAGCGAGAAGCUAAUGAAAGAAAAAGUGAUGAAGAAAAACCAACUGCCAAGUCCUCAAAUGAUGCAAAGGACGAAUGUAGUGACUUUCGAAACUACUUAAGGAACAAUGAACUCAUCUGCACUCGAGAGAAUGACCCAGUGCGUGGUGCUGAUGGAAAAUUUUAUAAAAACAGGUGCUACAAGUGCAGAGCUACCUUUCAAAGAGAAGCUUUGGAAAGGGAAAAACUUCAAGAAAAGUUGUCCCACAUUCAAGCUUCUGAGGAGAAAGACAGCCUAGAUUCCAUCAGUUCUCUGGAUUCUGAGAUGUGCAAACACUACCGAGUAUUGCCCAGGAUAGGUUAUCUUUGCCCAAAGGAUUUGCAACCUGUCUGUGGAGAUGAUGGCCAGACGUACAACAAUCCCUGCAUGCUUUGUCAUGAAAACCUGAUACGCCAAACUAAUACACACAUCCGUAGUAAAGGGAGAUGUGAGGAGGGCAGCGACCCAGGAGCCACACCUGUCAGCCUGCCUACAUCUGACAAAUGAUGUGAGGACUGGUGAAAGCCACAUUGGAGAAAGAUACCCCCGUUCUGAAUCACCUCCCUUCACCUUCUGUAUAUACAAGGAAUUCUUCAAAAGCUCAUCUUAUUUACUAUAGAAAAUAGCACAGUGCUGUUGGGAAUGGACUCACUGAUUUUCAGGCUUUUCCAUCUCUUUCCUCCUAGACUCUGUGAUCUGAGGUUACAUAGACAUCUCUACCCAGUCUUUUCUCUGGAAAUGUCAUCCUGAUCACAAUGCUGUCUGUCCAACUGCCUGUUUAAUAAAAGUAGACUCAGCAGAA